AUGAACCUGUCCGCUACCCGCAGGACAUUUACCCUCAAAACCUUACGAUACUACACAUGUGCCACUGCCCUCCACCACCCUCCUCCUCCGAAUCUCCACCACUUUCUCCACCUCUCAAUCACCCACCGCCGUCUCCCACUCGCCCAACAAUCCCACGCGCGAGUCCUCACCCAUGGCCUCCACCAAGACCCCUUCAUCGCCACCAAGCUCAUCUCCGCCUACGCUCUCUUCAACCGCCCAACCGCCUCCAAGCUCGUCUUCGACUCCCUCGAACCCAAAAACAUCUACCUCUGGAACGCAAUGAUCCAUGUCUACGUCAGAACUCGACUUUACAACCAAGCUUUCAGUUUGUUCAUCCAAAUGUUGUCUUCUUCAGUUUGUGAACCAGAUGAGUUCACGCUUUCGACAAUGUCCAAGGUUGCCGGGGAAGUUGGGGACUUGUCGGCCGGGAAAUGGGUCCACGCGAAGAGCGUGAGAGCCGGGUUUGGUUCGGAUGUGGUUGUUGGGAACUCGGUGAUGUCUAUGUACUGUAAAUGUGGGGAGUUUGGGGAGUGUAGGAACGUGUUCGAUGAAAUGCCUGUGAGAAAUGUGGGGUCUUGGAAUGUGUUGAUAGGUGGGUUCGGGAGUAGCGGCGAUGACAAUGGGGUGUUGGAAGCUGCUAAGGGAAUGGUGAGGAGUGGGUUGAGGCCCGACGGGUUUACUGUGUCGAGUUUGAUGGCAAUGUGUGGAGGGGAGGGUGUUGGGGGGUUGGGGUAUGGGAGGGAGAUGCAUUGUUAUGUUGUGAAGCACGGGUUGGAUUUGGGUUUGGAUUCGGAUGUUCAUCUUGGGUGUUGUUUGGUGGAUAUGUAUUGUAGGAGUGGGAGAGUUGAUUUGGGGAGACGAGUGUUUGAGGGGAUGAAGUGUAGGAGUGUGUAUGCGUGGACGGCGAUGGUCAAUGGUUAUGUGCAGAAUGGUGUUGGUGAUGAAGCGUUGAUUGUUUUCCGGGAGAUGCAGGUGGAAGAUGGGACAGAACCCAAUAAGGUAUCACUUGUGAGUGUUCUCCCGGCCUGUGUUUCACAUGCUGGUUUAACAGGUGGGAAACAAGUUCAUGGGUUUGCUAUCAGGAAGGAGAUGACUCAUGAUGUAUCUCUAUGCAAUGCUUUGAUCGAUAUGUAUUGCAAAUGUGGGAGCUUGGAUUUUGCAAGGCGGGUCUUUGAGGAUGACUCUUUCUGUAAGGACGCAAUCUCUUGGAGUUCAAUGAUAUCGGGGUAUGGAUUACAUGGAAGGGGCGGGGAAGCCAUUUCUUUGUAUAAUAAGAUGCUUCAGCUUGGAAUCAAACCGGACAUGAUAACAGUAGUAGGGGUUCUUUCAGCUUGUGGCAGGUCAGGAUUGGUAAAUGACGGCCUUUCAGUUUAUAGGGCCGCAACAACUGAUUAUGGAAUCAAACCAACAGUGGAGAUGUGUGCUUGUGUGGUGGAUCUGUUAGGUCGAUCAGGAGAGCUUGAUCGGGCGUUAAAUUUCAUUAAAACGAUGCCUGUAGAACCUGGUCCAAGUGUUUGGGGGGCUUUAGUUACUGCUUCUGUAUUGCAUGGGAACCGCAACAUGCAAGAUCUAGCAUAUAAGUUCCUCAUUCAACUAGAACCAGAAAACCCUUCAAAUUAUAUAUCAGCAUCAAACUUUUUUGCUUCUUCUAAAAGAUGGGACGUUGUGGCUGAAACAAGAACAAAGAUGAAGGAAAGAGGUUUGAGGAAGACCCCAGGGUGCAGUUGGAUCAGCAUUAAUGGUAAGACUCAUUCUUUCUAUGUUGCUGAUAAAGUACAUCCUUUCUGUGAUAUGAUCUAUGAGAUGCUUGACUACCUUGUCUUAGUAAUGAAGGGAGUUCCCGAUUCUCAUGACUCGUUAGAAUAUUCAGCCUAAAUGAUAGAUCAAAUACAUUAGUUAGAGAUGCUUUACGUAUAUUCUUCUGGGGACAAAUGAACUGUAAUUCUA